AUGAACUCAAACCCAUCAGGAUGGACGCAAGCUAAUAAUCUCAGCAUAAAAAUUGAGGAUAUACCGGGAGUGCAAAACUAUACGGCUAGCUUAACGAUUGAGGACAGACAACCACCGGACCAGUCGAAAAAUCCUGAAGAUCAGAUUGAGCACCAACAGGAUGUUAAAUUUACCAUGGAAGUUGACGGCGUAAACCAAGACGACCCACCCCCGAUAGUUGUAGAUAUUCAGGGUACAAUGGAAGUGCCCAAUGGGGAAGUUGUGGACACUGAAGACGUUAUGGAUAUGGCAAUCAGUCGUCCUGGCGGUGGAGUCGAUCUCUUUGAUGUUCAAGUCGACGCUAAUAGUCAAUAUCCGGGGCAGGUAGAGCAACCUGACGAGGCAGAAUUAGUUAGGUCGCUCAGUUACGUGCUUACUACAAAUGCUAUCGAGGAAGCCAAGCGCGUGGUUGCUGGCGCAACAGAUGGUGGUGGAAGAGGUACCCAAUUAAUAGCAGAGCAAGUCAUUGGAACUGCUGAAAGCAGCCUUCUUGAAAGCGUUGCCAGCCGACCCCCGCGCACACAAAGUCAUGACGAGCUCUCCCGUGGCCAUAGCCAGAUGUUACUGAGGGUGUUUACACCUUCAAGUCACGAGGUGGCCCCAGGUGGACCGAGGUUAAGCCCUGACGGUCGGCAAAUAAUCCGCGCGUCUUCUGAAGCUCUCACAGUGCCCACAGAGACGUCCAUCUACGCAAAGAUCUUUUUCCGCCCGAGUUCAGAAGUGGCCUCAGGUUAUACUACGCCUCACUGCACCACCGUUACGACACGCUCCAUGGAAAGCACUGGUUCAAAGACGAUGAGCUCC